CGCCGCCGCCUCCUCCGCCGUCGCGCAGCUCGCGGCCGUCACUUUGUGUAGUGCGGGGGGGUCCCCGGUGGUCACAGCCCCCCCACAAGUCCGUGUCUCGCUCCGGCUUGGCCGGGCCCGGGCGCGCGCGCGACGGGGUUCUGAAAGGAAACAAGAUCCUCUUCGGGCCCUGUAUCCCCCCAAGCCUUGUAAAUGCCUGGUGUCGACAGUCCUCGGGCCUGGCCUGGUUCAUGUGCACCGAGGGCUGGGCCACACGGAGGCUCUCUCCCGGGGAUGAUGGCUGCCCUUCAUACUGCUCCAGACUCCCCAGAUACCCAACUGGAGCCAGCAGAAGAUGGCUCGGAAUGUGAUGCUGAGCCCGAGGAGGAAGAGGAGGAGGAAGAGGAAGAGGAGCAGGGGAGAGAGGAGGAGGAGGUAGUAGUAGAAGAGGAAGUGGCCACAGAGGUGCAGGAGGCGGCGGAAGUGGAAGUGGAGGCCAACUCAGCGGACACUGGUGGUGGCGAUGAUGGUGAUGAUGGUGAUGACGGUGAUGUGGAGGAGGUGCUGGCAGAGGCGCAGACUCUGAGCUUAGGGACCCAGAAGCCGCUUAGCAAUGGUGCUGAUGCCAAGUCACCAGCUCUUCAAGGAAAAGCCCUGCAGGCCUCCCGGCUACCUCCCACUACUCAGGGUGACGAUCCAGAGGAAGAGGAGGAAGAGGAAGAUGACGAGCAUUUCCUGACUCAGGGCCUGGUGACUUUUGAAGAUGUGGCUGUGUACUUCUCUUUGGAGGAGUGGGAGAGGCUGGAUGUGGACCAACGGGACCUCUACCGGGACGUGAUGCAGGAAAACUAUGGGAUCCUGGUUUCCUUGGGAUACCCAAUCCCUAAGCCGGAUCUGAUCUUCCACCUCGAACAAGGAGAAGAACCUUGGGUCGAAGACAGCCCCCAUCCCGAGGAGGGAGACGUCGUCACUGGUGUCUACACGGGAGCCUGGUUCUGGAACGACGACCUAGAGGACCACGAGGAGGAAGAUGAUGAGGACUUCCUUGCUGAGAUGGCGGAGGAGGAGAAUGAGCCCCCCGGGCUGUGGUCUGCUGCCUAUGGAGUGGGGGAUGUACCUGGGACUUGGGGCCCCGACGACUCAGAUUCCGUGCAGACCCCAGAGGGUUGGGGACCCAACCCAGGCAGCCUUGGUAUUCUGGCGGAGGAGGUUGAAGCAAAACAUUUCCUGUCCGGUCGGGGGCCUGGGGAGAACUUUCUGGUGCCCUGGGCAUUUCCCGCAGUGGCUGUCCCCAUCGGAUGUCCGGAGACCACUUGCGAUGUGUGCGGCAAAGUGUUUCCGCACCGUUCGCGCCUGGCCAAGCACCAGCGCUACCACGCAGCGGUCAAGCCCUUCGGUUGUGAGGAGUGCGGCAAGGGCUUUGUGUACCGCUCGCACCUGGCCAUCCACCAGCGCACGCAUACCGGCGAGAAGCCCUUCCCGUGCCCGGACUGCGGCAAGCGCUUCGUCUACAAGUCGCACCUGGUCACGCACCGGCGCAUCCACACGGGCGAGCGGCCCUACCGCUGUGUCUUCUGCGGCGCGGGCUUCGGGCGGCGCUCCUACUUGGUGACCCAUCAGCGCACUCACACGGGCGAGAGGCCCUACCCGUGCUUACACUGCGGCCGUAGCUUCAGCCAGAGCUCAGCGCUCGCCCGCCACCAGGCUGUACACACCGCUGACCGUCCUCACUGCUGCCCAGACUGCGGCCAGGCCUUCCGCCUGCGCGCCGACUUCCAGCGUCACCGGCGUGGCGGCGGCUGCACGGAACCCAGCAGCGGCGAUGGCGCGCGUACCGCUCCACACGAGGUGGGGAUGGCUCCCAACGAGGUGGAGAUGGCAAUCGCGGCUGUAGCCACGGCGGAACCCGAGGAACUGGAGUCCGGGCCCGCAGAGAAGAAUGAAGAGCCCAAGGCUGGUGUGGCCGAUGGAGACAAGGAAGUUGAAGUCAGACAGGACGAGCAGGUGGUGGUCGCUGCGGCAGCAGAGGCGACUGUCCCCGACAGCAAGAAGGAUCCUGAGCCAGACAGGAGGUUCCGUGAGAUGGGCAACGGCCUGGCGGAGGGCGAAGGGCCUUCCUCGCACCGGUUCGGCUUCCAUUUCCCCAUGCACCCCAAGUCCUGGCUGCAUCCGGACGGAUUCCCCUUGCUGGGGUUCCCCGAGUUCUCUGAACGGCUGCAGACCGAUGGGCGCCAUCUGCCCGGCCCCCUAGGCGCCCCGCUAUCCCUGCAGGGCAUGGGGUUGGCUUGCGACCCGUUCCGUAGCGCGGGCCCCGGCGCCAGGGCGGAUAGUGGCCUGCGAGCAUUCGCGCCCGCCGUCGGCUCGUUGCUGUCGGAGCCGGCGCCUGCCGCGCUGGCGGAGGAGGAGAGUCCGUGGAUCUGCUCGGACUGCGGCAAGACGUUCGGGCGGCGCGCAGCGCUUGCCAAGCACCAGCGCUACCACGCGGGCGAGCGGCCGCACCGCUGCGCCGACUGCGGCAAGAGCUUCGUGUACGGCUCGCACCUGGCUCGGCACCGGCGCACGCACACGGGCGAGCGGCCCUUCCCGUGCCCGGAGUGCGGUGCUCGCUUCGCCCGCGGCUCGCACCUAGCGGCGCACGUGCGCGGCCACACGGGCGAGAAGCCGUUCGUGUGCGGCGUGUGCGGCGCGGGCUUCAGCCGACGCGCUCACCUCACGGCACACGGGCGCGCGCACACGGGCGAGCGGCCCUACGCGUGCGCCGAGUGCGGCCGGCGCUUCGGCCAGAGCGCGGCACUAACGCGGCACCAGUGGGCGCACGCCGAGGAGAAGCCGCACCGCUGCCCGGACUGCGGCAAGGGCUUCGGCCACAGCUCGGACUUCAAGCGGCACCGACGCACGCACACGGGCGAGAAGCCUUUCCGCUGUGCCGACUGCGGCCGUGGCUUCGCGCAGCGCUCCAACCUCGCCAAGCACCGGCGCGGCCACACGGGCGAGCGGCCCUUCCCCUGCCCAGAGUGCGGCAAGCGUUUCUCUCAGCGUUCCGUGCUCGUGACGCACCAGCGCACGCACACAGGGGAGCGGCCGUACCUGUGCUCCAACUGCGGCCGGCGCUUCUCGCAGAGCUCGCACCUCCUCACGCACAUGAAGACGCAUCGCGGGCAAGGGGGCGCGCCAGCGCAGAACACCUCCGCCAAGGCCCAGGCGUCUGCCAAGGCAAUACCGCCUCUGCCUCCAUCGGGCUCGGGCUCCGGCGCUGGAACGCUGCUCGAGUUCGCCGGAGGAACCAGCUUCGGCUCCGAUCCAGCCGCGUUCGCCAGCCCCUCGGGCACCUACGAGGAGAGCAUCCUGUGAGGCCUGUCGAAGCGCGCGGCGUGUCCUCCGGCUCUUCGGCGGCCUGAGGAUUCCCACUCUUGGGUGCUCAGGUCCCUUCCGCCCCAAGCUUCAGAUCUGGCUUGGGUGCGCACGGGCCGCCAUCCUGAUCAAGACCGACCCAUCCCUGGAUCUGUGCUACAGGGGUGGUGGGAUGGCGGGCAAGACCUAUUAGUUCAUCACGGAUCCGGUUCAGGUGGCCUGUAGAGCCCCGCUGCUUUAGGAGUCCGUCACCGGGCUCUCUGGUGCAUUUGGGUUUCUUGGUGGGUUUGACCUCCACCAAUCUCCACCAAUCUCUCCCUGGGAGAUUUGGGGACCAUCUUCCUGUCAUUUGAGUGAGUCCAGUAAGUUUUCAGAACCUAGUUCGUGGCUGGCAGGAACCUCAAUAGGUUUUGGGGGAAGUGGAGGUACCAACAGGGGAAGCUUUUCUGUCGAUUGUAGGUAUUCAUUUCCAUCUCUUAUAUGACCCGAAGAGUGUGGGAGGAGUUGAAAAAGCAAAAUACCAAACGAGUAGCCAGGUUGCAGAUGCUGUCAAGGUCCCUGGGGAGUUGGAAGCCUUAUUCUUUGAAAAUCCUCACUCCAACCCCUAAACACAGGUCCGACAAGCCCUGGCUACAACAUGGAUUUUGGUAUUACUAUCCCCUCUCAGUCUGUUCUCUAGUGGCUACAAGUAGCACACAUGGUCAUAUGUGGGGUGCUGGUCUGGGCUCCUAGCCCCCAGCCUUUCCUAGCCGAUCCCUCCCCUGGAGCAGGUGACUGUGGAGUCCUGCAUUCAGUCAGCCUUUCCACAGCACUGGGGUGGGCCCAGGAAGCUUCCCUCUUAUCCUGUAAUAAGGGCCCUACAUCCUCUGCAAGCAUUUUCACUUGGCUUCUGGGGUCACCCUACACAAGAAGCGGGUAGUGUUUCUGCCAUGGGCGGGUCCGUGGCCACAGAGGGAUUGGCGGCUUGCACAGUGGUUGUCCACAUAAGGGAUUAUGUCGAUCUGAGCUUACAGCACCUUACUCUGCAAGGCCCCUGUACAGUGGACAGCCCGGACUGUUGGCAUCUGUGGGGGGUUCCCAGGAGCCUCUCCCACCUUCCAUGAACUCUGGGCCAGUGUGACUAGGGGCUAGAGAGGUGAGAUUUCCACCCAACUGCAUUCCCUUUUAGACCUAGAUCCGUUGUUGUAGUAUAGACAAUGAGCUUGGGGCCCAAAAGCUAACAGGCAGGCUGCUAGGUGCUGGGUGGGUCGUCCAUGGGUGGGAGGAGAGCCUGGG